GUUUUUCAAGCUUCCCUGAAACUUUUAAAAAUGAUCAUUAGCCAAUAUAUACCAAAGCAUAAACUAGGAAAACUAGAAACUUCUCAUUGUGUGGAAAAAACGCUUCCAAAUCUGCUUUGUAGAACAGGAGACUCUUCAUCCCGUCUUCGCCUUGUGGCUUCUAACUUUAUUCAGGAAAUGGCACUGUGUAGUGAAGUUAAACCUCUUCAGAUUGUUCCAGUUCAUUUGGUUCAACCAUUAAAACCAAACUCCCCAACACAUCUGGCAAUGAGUCAAGUGGAAUUAGUGGAAAGCCUCUUGAAAGAGAUGGGAACCGAAAACUCUGGGUUUACCAUCGGCAACAUCAUGAAGUUUGCAGUGGGCGCUUUGGAACACAGAGUUUGUGAAGUUCGUGAUGUAGCACUGCGGAUUAUCUUCAAUAUGUACAGGAAGCACAAGGCUGCUAUACUGGAAUAUCUUCCUCCAGAUGAUGCAAGCAUUCGCAAGACUGUUCUCUAUAAAACACUCUUUGAUGGAUUUACUAAAAUAGAUGGUAAACUUUCUGAAGCUGAAAUUAGGGCACAGAGAAAGGCAGCAACAGAAGAAGCAGAGAAACAGAAGAAGGAGGAAAUAAAAGUUCUGCAAGGUCAGCUGGCAGCUCUAAAGGAGAUGCAAGCAGAAGUUCAAGCAGGAAAGGAGAAAGAAUCUGGUUUUCAGAAGCCAAAGAAUCAAGGUUACCAGAUAAAAGAAAGCCUCCAGCCUGCAGCAGCAGGGAUUCCAGAUGACCCUUCUUCUGUUCCAGAUUACUUGGAUAACUUAUGUAUUUUUUGUGGUGAACGGGACAAAUCCUUCACAGAGGAAGGAUUGGAUCUCCAUUACUGGAAACACUGUCCUAUGUUAACCAGAUGUCAGCACUGCAAACAGGUGGUGGAAAUAGCGAGCCUGACAGAGCACUUGUUGACUGACUGUGAUAAGAAGGACAGCUUUGGGAAAUGUCAACGAUGCAGCGAGGCCAUUCCAAAAGAAGACUUGCCCAAACAUAUUAAGAGCAAGACUUGCAAUCCUGCCAAACCAGAAAACGUGGCAAACCAUUGUCCACUGUGCCAUGACAACUUUUCCCCAGGAGAGGAGGCCUGGAAGUCUCACCUAAUAGGCAACGAUGGCUGCAAAAUGAACCAACGGAGGUUAUCCACCAUAAAUAAAACUCUUCUGGUGCAGCCUGGCAAAAUAGGUGGCCAGCAUUUAAGGAAGCCAGCUCCUUCAGAAGCAAAAGCCCGACCUCCCUCUAUAGCAAGCAAGAUCCCAACCCCAAGAGGAGGCCCAAAUAAAAGCACUGGCAAAACAUACUCAAAGCGAUGA